UCACUCUAGAACAAGCUCCGUUAGGUCGACAUCUAGACACAGAUGAAAUCAAAAGCACGGUCACACGAUGAUUACACUGUCGGAUGGAUCUGCGCUCUCCCGUUGGAGAUGGCUGCGGCCAAGAUGAUGCUAGAUGAGCUCCAUCCGCCACUAUCGCAGUCUCAACACGACACCAACACGUACGUACUGGGGCAGGUCGCACAUCACAAUGUCGCAGUCGCAUGUCUUCCAUCAGGCAUAUAUGGAAUUACCUCUGCAGCGAUCGUGGCGAAGCAGAUGCUGCUAACCUUCCAUUCGAUACAGUUUGGAUUGAUGGUUGGUAUUGGGGGUGGUGUUCCACUUUCGGCCGACAUUCGACUCGGCGAUAUUGUGGUCAGCCAGCCAAGCGGAUGCCUACCGGGCGUUGUGCAAUACGACUCGGGCAAAACAGUCGAAUCAGGACGGCUGCAACGUACCGGAAGAAGGAACAUGCCUCCUCAGGAGCUUUUAACCGUUGUGUCGCAUGUGGAGUCGAAUCGCAUGGCUGGGAAGUCCCAGCUUCAGGACCAUAUUGCCAGGGUAACAGCGAAUGAGGAGCGGUCUGCUUUCCAUUCGCCGGGACCAAACCAAGACAAACUCUUCAACGCAUCAUAUUGUCAUGACCCAUCCUGUCCGGACUGCUCGAAGUGUGACCAAGAUCAGAUAGUGGACCGCAAGCCCAGAUCUUCCAAUGUCCCCAGGGUCUAUUGCGGGACAAUAGCUUCGGGCAAUCAGGUUAUGAAAGAUGGGCAAACGCGUGAUCAACUAGCGCGGGAACUGGGCAUCCUAUGCUUCGAAAUGGAGGCAGCUGGGCUGAUGGACCAUUUCCCGUGUCUGGUGAUUCGAGGAAUUUGCGACUACGCCGAUAGUCACAAGAACAAAGCUUGGCAGGGAUAUGCAGCUGUUACGGCAGCUGCAUAUGCAAAGGAGCUUCUAUCGGAGGUGCCAGUGAAACAGACACAGCUGAGUCGACAGAAUAGCUUUCCCGAGAAGUUUACUGUUCGAUCCAGUUCAAUCGAGCUGCGACAGGCAUCCGACCUCGUCGGACGAGAAAAGGAGCUUGCAGAUAUCUAUCAAAAGCUCCAUAAUGACAACCUAAAACAUACGGUUGUUCUUCAUGCGCUUGGUGGAAUAGGCAAGACCCAACUCGCGGUGAAAUACAUAUUGGAUCACAAAGACGAAUACUCGGCUGUGUUCUGGCUGGACGCUACAGACCCUGCGACCUUGAAAUCCAGCUUUGAGAACAUGGCCUAUCGGAUUGCUCUUGACCAUGCAUCAGAAGAGAACUUGAAAAGCAUCAUCGACUUCCAAAACCCUCCCGCACAGCAGUUGUUGAAACGACUCGAAAGCCUUAAAGGCGAUUUUCUCAACUCUCCGCCGUUUUCUUGGAUUGAUAAGAUAAGAGAUAAUUACACGAGAGAGGAGUUUGCAUCAAAUCUUAAUGAAGAGAGUCUAAAGGCCGACCCAAGCAGUCCUGUUGUGGAAACGAUGAAGAUGUGGCUGAGCCAACGAGGAAAUACCCGGUGGCUGUUAGUAUACGAUAACUAUGAUGCCGAGAAAUACCAUGCAUUGCAAGCGAACGACUCUGGAAAUAUUCGGUCUUUCUUACCCGGUGCAUUGCAGGGACAUGUUAUAAUCACAACUACUUCACCAAAGCUGGGAUUUGACGACGUGGUCCACGUUCAGAAGAUGAGCAGCCAGCAAGGCCUUCGGAUUUUAUGUUCAACAUCAGGUCGAUCGAACCUGGAAGAAGAUCCCUAUGCCCGUGAGCUAGUGAAUGAAAUGGACGGAGUGCCGCUUUAUUUAGCGACUGUAGGGAGAUACUUAAAAAAAGUGUCCAUCUCCUGUCGCGAGUACCUUGACCUAUACAAAGAGGAAUACUUCAAGCUUGAGGAACACGCUCCUCAAUUGUUUUGUUAUGAGAGAAAGAUAUACAGCAAUUGGGUGAUUGUUCUUCGGAAGAUAAAAUCGUCCAAGAAUUCGGCGCCACUUGACCUUUUGUUUUUCUGGAUGUUUUUUGACAACCGUGAUCUCUGGCGCGAAUUCCUACUGGGCUUUGAAACCUCGUCUUCAUCAUCUCUAGCUGAUGAUCCCAUCGCAUUUCAUGAGGCUAUGAGUGUUCUUCUUGAACAUGGAAUAGUAGAGGUUGCACAAGAUCCGGGCAAUGCAGCGAGUCAGUCCAGAGGCUAUACACUGCUCAAACCCGUGCAUUCUUUUCUCCCGCACUACUUUGAGUUGACAUCUAACGAAGCUAAAAUUCUGUCCAACUCUGCCUUCAUACAUGUCGGAAAAUAUGCGAAACAGCUACUUGAAAGCCAAAAUUACGAUGACUUUCAUCGCUGGACUCCUCAUGCGAACGGAUGUUGGGAGCUUGUCCAUCGGGGAAUUGCUGCCCAGGAUCAUGAAUUCGCUUCGUUCUUUGCUCAAACCUGUCAUGAUAUUGGCCUUACCAUUUGGCGAGGUAGCGGAUGGAUCAAUCCUAGGGCCUCGGUUAAAUUUCUCAACGCAUUCUACGUUAACCUCUCCAGCCGUGUCGACAAGUAUAUCAUGGCAGAGCGCUGGUUUAAGACUGCCCUAGAGAUGGAGAAGAGCUCUACUGAGCCUAGUUUUGCUUGGAUGACUUUACGUUUUAAUGAGCUGCAUCUCAUGCACAUGACAAUGGGCGAACGAUUCAAAGCACUCAAGACGGGGCUGUUGAAAUUGGCCACCUAUCACGAAAACAAACGCACUGACAGGCUCAACUAUUACAUGUGCUGGCUUGAUAUCAUUAGACCUUUCGGGUCUUCUCUGGUCUACUACCUCACUCCGUUAUUCCUUUACUAUCUCUCUGUCCCUUGGUAUGAAAAGGCAUUCAUAGUUGCUGAAUUUUGCGGCCUCCUGCUAUCAUAUGCUUUCUUCGCUCGCUGGAUAACACGGUGGAAAGCUCAUUCCCUCUGGAUGAUUCUUGUGCUAGCGUUGGAGGCCUGCUGCUGGUCAUGCGAUGUAUUUCAUGCGUUCGAGCGGGUUUAUAUUUCCCGAUAUUUAAACUGGACCUUCCAGUUACUAACAAUGUCAAGUGUAGCGGUACAUGAUGGGCUGGAGUGGCAUAAAACAGAGCCAUGAAUGGGUUGAAUGAGUUGAACAGGAUAGAGUGGACAUAGUAGGUUCUUUGUUGAUUUGUUCAGGGCAUCUGUUUAUUUUUCUUUCUCGGAUCAGCAAGGCAUGCAUACU